AUGCGGAGAUACCACUGCCUGCGCGUACUAAUCAACAUGCAGUCCCACCACGCGCAGGACGUGGCCAUCGUACCAAGCCUGGGAGAAGAACAAGAACACCGCGCGCAUUCACGGGCUGCGCUCUGGACACACGGCAUGAGGGGCUUUCUAGACAAGAAAAUUCGACUCGCAAACAUAAUUCGUGAAGAGCUGGGCGAAAUGAUGGAAGAAAGACGGCGGAAAAAGGAGGCGGAGAAGGUGCGAAAGUACAAACCUUUGGAGCUGCGCGCUCGCAAACGUCCCACACAGGAGAAGAGCCGUCUUCUCAGUCUACCAGCUGAGAUCCGGAUCAUGAUCUGGGAGUAUGCCAUGACUGGACAGUUCAUCGUACUCUAUCGAAAGCGGGGCAAAGUCACGUCUAGUGUCUUCGACAGCCAUGGCACUACGAGUGUCACCAAUGCAACUGUCUCGAUCAUGACCAGCAUAGCCAUGGCUAAAGCGGAAUCAGGCGCCAUGUCUUUGCCUCUGACUUGCACGACCACGUAA